ACACUGAAGUAAUUGUUUAUGGGCGAUUCAUGGUGGAAAAAUUAUAUAGUCAACAGUUUUUAAAAUAACAUGAAAAUAAUAUUAGUAACGGCAUGAAUAGGGCCAUUUAGUCUAGUUUAAUGGGAAACACGCAUAAUAAAAACGCUGAGAACAAGAAUCAAAAGCAAUCUACGCAUUCAGACCGCGACGGCCAGGCGUUCACCAGUCAGUUCAGUCUCUCCCAUUUCGUGGGCAAUCUCAGCGGGCGUUCCUUCGUCAGUGUAACGAGCAACCAGUCGGUGUACAGCGCAUCACGGCCUUGGUCUCGCGUCUCGAGACGAAGAUGGAAUGACUCUACAUUAAAAAACCCUCUAGAAGCAAGCAAAACUGCCUGGCCGGUGGCUCACAAAGAAUCAAUCUUCCAGCCUGAAUUUCCCAUCACCACCGACUUACUUCAGAAAGACUUUCAGAUAGAGGAGACAAUAGCCAAGGGUGCAUUUGGUGAAGUUUAUAAAGUAAAGAAGAUUAGUGAAGACAAAGAAUACGCACUUAAAGUGCUUAGUAAGUCACAGAUAGUGAACGAGAGUGCAGUUCGUCAAGUGAAGGAGGAGGCGCGCAUACAGGCGGCGUGCGGCCAUCAUUCCUUUAUAGCGGGCGCCGUGGCCCGCUGGCAGACCAAGAAAAGACUUUAUAUUGUUUCAGAAUACAUUCCGGGAGGUGAGCUGUUGGCUCUACUAGAAAAGUACGGCAAGUUACCUGAAGAGCUUGUCAGGAUAUUUGUUGCUGAAAUUGCUAUUGCUAUUGAUUUCCUUCAUAACGCUGGCGUUAUAUACCGAGACUUGAAGCCGGAGAACAUUCUUCUCGAUUCUGACUGUCACAUUCGACUUAUCGACUUCGGACUUUCUAAGUGGCUCUCCAUCGGCUCGCGGACCACCACACUCUGCGGCACGCUCAAGUAUAUGGUGCGGGAGUUGACUCGUUUCAUAUUUUAAAAAUGGCACAGUGCAUCGCUCGCUCGGUAUCCGUAGCGUGUGUGAGACCGUGCAGCCGUCAGUAACCGCCGCAGUCUGAGUGAUUAUGUCGAUAGUAGCGGCUCGCACUGUUGCGUCGGCACACUGACGCCGGCAACAUGAACGCACGCACUAUCGCGUUCGAACUGUCGAUGGAGGGCAGGCAGGUGGACGAGGUGGUCGCUUGCAUCUUCCACACGGUACUGUUCCACCGCUCCAGCGGCAAGUUCACCUACAACAACGAGGAGAGCUACUCCAUCCGCACCGUCAGCUACGUCGACGUGGACUGCGACUUCAUCGACUUCACGUACGUGUGCUGCGAGUCCGAGGCGCUCGGGCGCAGCGUGCGGCGCGAGAUCUCCGACUUCUCGUCGCUGCUGCGCGGGGCCGACGCGGGCUCGGCUCGCGGCUCCAUCAGCCUGGAGUUCUUCCAGCGCCGCCGCGCUCGCUGGCCCUUCCAGCCCGAGUGCGUGCCGUGGGAGGUGUGGACCGUCUACUGCGAGCUGGCCGAGGCCCGCGCCGACCACGACAUGCACGCCAAGCACGAGAACGUCGUCGAGAUGCUGCAGGACAAGAUCGUCUUUAUCACCGAAAUCAUCAAUCGGCACGAGUACGUGCCGAAGAUGCCGAGCCGGUCGGACGCCGACCUCAUCUUCGACACGUCGUACUCGGACAUCCAGCCGUACCUGUUCAAGAUCCACUACAACCUGUCGGGUGCUCCGCCCACGUCGGUGGGCAACACCGUGCGCAAGCUCAUCCGCGACACGCUGUCCUUGUGAUGCUCGCUGUGCCGCCACCCCGCCGCCCGACUGCUGCGACAUACCGACGCCUGGAUGUCACAUACAUAACACCAAUUUUUAUAAUCUUUUGAAAUAAACUAAAUUAUAUUCAAGUAGAUGGCGGCGCCAUCGCGCAACGCGGUACAUAUUAUUUUACUAAAGAUAUAAAAUUGAAAAUGAGUGAUUUAUUUUUACUACGGACAUGUGUAUAUAAUAAUCAUAAUGAUGAAUGAAUUGUUUAAAAUUGAAACUAUUGAAACUGUAUUUUACAUUUUGACAAUACAUAACAUCUGAAUUUAACAUAACUGUGUCAUUUGUUGUACUUAUGCUUUGUUUGUUGCACAAACGUGUGUCGUAGUUAUCGUUGCAAUCAAUGUUUUGUGUAACUUUAAUUACUAUAUAUCGGCUUUAUUACUGACUGUUAGCUUAUACUAAACUCUUUUGUGUUACAUAAUCGUUUAGGGCUCUAUGUCUAUUAGAAAUUCCAGCUUGACUAAAUUAUAAUGGUUGAGGUCGGUUAAUAUUAGUUACAGUAUAACUGAAUAUCGAGUGCCUGGCUCAUAUACUCCGGAGCCGGGAUAAGUCGAGAACUUGCUAGACGUCGUAUUUACUAAAUAAUCUUUUCAUGUAAUGGAACAUUUUGUCUGUUGUAAUGUUAGUUUUAACUUUAGUUAUAAUGUCAGAGCUAUGACUCGGAAGGCUGGUUGAUGUGUCCAUUCAUUUCGUCGUUUAUUUAAGCUUUGGAUUCGUCUGUUUAUUACUAAGGCUUUUUAGAACGGUUUCUCAAGCACUCGGAGGAGUUUGAUGUAGAAAUAAUAGUUACCUAGAAAUUUUAUUGUGUAGUUAUAGAUAGUUUUUUUUAUGUAUUGUCAUAAAACACAUGAGUUUAUGUUAAUGAGGUGGCACUAAAUCGUUUUAUUCUUGACUACUAAAGUACUAAUGCUUCUAAGUUAAGUCAAACACUUCGAGUCACACUGUACUCUUUUAGUAUAGUCAUUUGACUAUUCACUUAUAUUUAAAUGAUCGCUUUGUGAUAUUGCCGAGAAUAAUUCAGAAAUAUUUAAAAAUGUAAAAAAAUAUAUUAAUUUUUGAUUACGCGUGUGAAUCUAGAGAAGAUUGAAAUAUAAUUAUUAUAUAAUAGAUAUUACUUAAGUAGUUAUAUAUUGUCAGUCAUUUUUAUGGAUGUGUAUUAUAAAUAUUGUAAAUAGCAUUGAUAGUGGUCACUUGAGUUAUUCGAAUAGUUGAACCGGUUCGUUGAGAGAGCUUUAUCGGUAUAGAAUGUACUAGAUGAUCAGUGAUUGUUCUGUGUAUUAUGUAAAAAUAUUAGGGUAGGCGCGGUGCGUGGAAUAUCUCACUCAUGUAGUGUUAAGUGACGGUGAGGUGAAUUAUCAAAUUUUAUUGUAAUGUCAUUUUAUUAUCACCUUGUUCAAAUAUUUGCGAUCUUUUUACUUUCACGACGCUAUGGUUACGAAGUCUUUAUUUAUUGUAGCGCGACUCGCGGAUCGUCGUGAAAGUAAAGCUUAAUGAAUCCAUGACUUUCAACAGAACAUAUUUUAGGAUAACUUUAUUCUCUACAGCAGUUGAGCGUCAUUAUAUUAUGUAUGUUUUACGCCAGAGUCAUUUUGCUUUUAGUUUUUGUUUUCUAGAGGACUAUGAACUGAGUCCAUCCAUACAAUUCUGAUUUACUGUCCUACCUCAUUUUGUGACUCUAGCUUUAGUGUAUCAAGUCUCUAGCCCUAUCUUAUCACACUUGUACCUAUUACAAAAUAUUUAUCAGAAUUGUUUUGUCACCAAAGAUGAGGCUGUACAUGCUUUACGAUCUUAGAAUUCAAAUUCUUUUAAAUAUUUUCCUAAAUAUGCUAAAAGAUAACCUGUUUAUGUGCAAUGUUGAUAUUGUAAAUAAUGAAUUUAAAAAAAAUAUCAGCAAUGCAUGUAUUGCAAUAUCUUUUACUCAAAGGUUUUUAUGAUAUCCAUUUGUAAUUUCAUAUCAGUAAGUACCUUAAAGUUUUAAUGAUUUCAAAAUGUUUACAUACAAAAACCCUGGUGAUAACGACAAUAUAUUUUAUUCUAUUGAUACCUUGACGGUGUGCCUCGUAAUAGUGUUAGUGUGGUAUGUCGAGCACAUUGUAAAGUAAUAUAUCAUUGCACUCUCGCUAUGGCCUUAUUUAAAAAUGAUGUUUUAGAACUAUAAAAUUCACGAAUCGCGUGUAAUAACGGCUGUUACAUAUUAGAGUUUAUGAUAAAUGAAACAGGAAGUAUAUAUGUUGUGAUGUAUAAGUUCAAAAAAAAUAAGCUAAAAUCUUAGUCUUGUGAUAUAAUUUAUAUAUAAGUGAAUAAAUGAUGAAGUAUU